AUGGCGCCACAAAAAGCAGAACAAAAUUCCACCCCUAAUUUCGGGAUGACCCGGAUAACCUGCCCUCUACAUUAUGAUUCCUCCUCGGCCCCCAUUCCCAUCCAACUUGACCUCGUAACUCCGUCCGUUGUCUUGGAUCCAAUUCCCCAAACCGAGACGAUCCGAGAGAGCCCUCUCUUCCGGGACGUUGCAGCCUUCAUUGGGCGACACUUUGCUUCCCUUAAGAUCGUCAAGGAGACCAACUACUUUGACAAGAUGGUCGUCAAUGGUGUCCUGGGUGCACAAUUUGUCUACUACUUUGCCUCCAGUUAUGAAAAACAGGUCUAUUUCGCCAUGCUGCACACGUGGUGGUGGCUCCUCGACGAUUGGAUUGAUAUAUGUGCCCUCAAGUCACCCAUGGGAAAAAUGAAAAUUAUCGACAUUAUCGGAAAAUUUAUUGAGACUGGUAAAGAAAAUCAAGAGAGUAUUCACGUGAAGGAAAGAAUCUACGACCCAUUGCUUCGAAGUGUCCUGAAAGCCUAUGCGGAGUGUGACGCCAUGGCGGAUAGAAUCGUGCCGGAUUACCCCAAGGUUAAACACCGUUUUACCAAAGAAUUAAAGCUGUACUUACAAUCUGGCGCGUGGGCUUUAAUGGAUUCGAAUCUAGUGGGGUCGGGUUACUCGUUCGAGACGUUUUUGCACUGGAGGAAGGUUUCCGGUGGGGCAGACGCCUCGAAUGAAUUGCUUAUGCUUCUGGAAAAUGGAAACCCUCCGAACUAUAUCGUGGACCACUUAAUGGUCAAGACACUGUUUAACACGUCCUCCACCCUAUUCGCCCUCCGCAACGAUAUCGUCGGGGUGAAGAGGGAUUUGGCGCGAAACGACACUGGCGGCACGGUCAUGUACAAAAUCCUCGUUGAAGGGAAAUCAGCUCCUGUUGCGGUUCAAGAAAUUGUAUCCCUGCAUGAAAAACUUACUCGAGAUUAUGUCCAGUUGAGAAAAGCUGUUUUGACCAUGUUCAAAAACUAUGGGGAAAAGGAUUUUAAUAAACUGCUGAAUUAUAUCGAGUUAUUGGAAAGGUACGAGUAUGGGGCGACUGUUUUCUGGUUUACCACACCGAGGUAUCAAAUCGAUGGGAAGUUUGAGCUGGAACAUUUUAAAUGAAUUUUAUUCAUUUUCCAUAAUUUUCGCUAUUGAAGUAUAACUAAUUUCCCAUUGGGAUUUUCUAAAGAUUCAGAAAUCCCCGA